AUGCCGACACCUUCGAACGCUAUAGAAAUCAACGAUGGCUCACACAAGUCUGGCAGAAGUACUAGGCGAUCUGGCUCGAGGAGUGCACCUGAAGACGGCCUAGAUUCACUCGGGAAGGGCGAUUCCGGUGCUGGCGCCAGUGCUGGUAGCAGUAAUAGUCGGUUCAGGCAUCGGAAAAUAUCUGUCAAACAGCAUCUUAAGGUCUAUUUGCCCAAUGAUUUGAAACAUUUGGACAAGGAUGAAUUGCAACAAAGAGAAGUCGUGGAGAUCGAAACUGGUGUGGAGAAAAAUGAAGAAAAGGAAGUUCAUUUGCAUCGAAUAUUACAAAUGGGUACCAGUCAUACAAAGCAGAAAGAUUAUAUUCCGACACCAGAUGCUUCCGUGACUUGGAGUGAUUUUGGCAAGUUUUAUACUGGCACUUUCCAGGAGACAACUAGUUACAUAAAGUUUUCUGCCACCGUAGAAGAUUGCUGUGGUUCGAACUAUAACAUGGAUGAAAGAGACGAGAUAUUUUUAAAUGAAGAAGUGAAUAAAGAUUCGUCAGAUAUUUUAACUGAAGACGAAUUUGAAAUUCUUUGCUCGAGUUUCGAAAAUGCCAUUCAUGAACGUCAACCUUUUUUGAGUAUGGAUCCUGAAAGUAUACUUUCAUUUGAAGAACUGAGACCCACAUUAAUCAAGUCUGAUAUGGCUAACUCUAAUCUAAGGAGCCAAUUGAACUAUGAGAUAAAUUCUCAUGAAACUCAUUUUAUCACACAAUUCGAUCCUUCCUCUCAGAUGGAUACAAGACCUUUAAUUCAACUAAUUGAAAAAUUUGGCUCUAAGAUUUAUGAAUAUUGGAAAGAAAGAAAAAUUGAGGUUAAUGGGUACGAAAUUUUUCCCCAGUUGAGAUUUGAAAGACCGGGUGAAAAGGAAGAAAUCGAUCCGUACGUUUGCUUCAGAAGAAGAGAAGUCAGACAUCCGAGGAAAACUAGACGUAUAGAUAUCUUAAACAGUCAGCGUUUGAGGUCGUUACAUCAAGAAUUGAAGAAUACCAGGGAAUUAGCUCUUCUGGUUGCCAAACGUGAAAACGUUUCAUUAAAUUGGAUUAAUGACGAAUUGAAGAWCUUCAAUCAAAGAGUGGAAGUCAAAAGUUUGAAAAGAUCUUUGAAUAUCAGUGGUGAAGAUGAUGAUUUGAUUAAUCACAAGAGAAAACGUCCAAUGAUUUUCACUAUUGAGCAAAGAGAAGCAGAAUUAAAGAAAGCAGAAUUGAAGAGAGCUGCUGUUGCCGCUGCCGCUGCAAAGGCUAAGAUCAACAAAAAGAAUAACCAACUCGAUGAUAAAUCCUCCACUAGGCUAUCCAAACAGCAACAACAGCAACUCUUACAGCAACAGGAACAACAGCAACAGAAUGCCAUCAAAUCUGAAAGUGGAAAACAACUUAUGCCUGUGUCUUCUUCGGUAUCAUCACAACCAAUUACAUCUCACGUUUAUGUUAAAUUACCAUCUUCCAAGAUCCCGGAUAUUGUAUUGGAAGAAGUAGAUUCUUUGCUGAACAGUAAAGAAAAAAACGCAAGGAAGUUUGUUCAAGAGAAGAUGGAAAAAAGGAAAAUCGAGGACGCAGAUGUAUUUUUCAAUUUAACAGAUGACCCCUUCAAUCCAGUAUUUGAUAUGUCACUACCUAAAGAUUUUUCCACAAAUAACAUUCCGUUUUCGUCUAUUGCGUCAUCGAACUUCCAAAUUGAUAGAUCCUUUUACUCCCCUCAUUUACCAGAAUAUAUGAAAGGCAUCUCUAAUGAUAUCAAAAUUUAUGAUUCCAAUGGCCGUCCUAAAAAUCAAGAUAAUAACAACUUGAACGCUAGAAAGAUUAAAAAAACUGAACUGUACGAUCCGUUUCAAGAAAAUUUAGAAAUUCAUUCGAGAGAAUAUCCAAUCAAAUUUAGGAAAAGAAUCGGUAGAUCUAAUAUCCAGUAUAUUGAUCGUAAGCCCAAUUAUACAAUAACAUCCGCCAAGCCAAGCAGUUCUUUAAUGGACUUUGUGGAUUUCGAUUCAAUCGAAAGGGAACAAUAUCCAAAAGAAGUUAACGACAAUAAUGAAUCGAUAAAUGUUUACGAUUCCAAAUAUGACGAAUUUGUGAGGCUUUACGACAAAUGGAAGUACGAUUCCCCACAAAAUGAAUACGGGAUCAAAUUUUCGGAUGAACCGGCAAGGUUAAAUCAGAUUUCUAAUGACACUCAAGUGAUUAGGUUCGGCACUAUGUUGGGUACCAAAUCCUAUGAACAAUUAAGAGAAGCAACGAUCAAGUACCGUAGGGACUACAUCAACAGGUUGAAACAGACGCACAUGCAACAUUUACAACAACAGCAGCAGCAGCAACAACAACAACAACAACAAGCACAACAAGCACAACAGCAACAGCAACAACAGCAGCAACAACAGCAGCAAACACAACAACAGAAGCAGAAGCAACAAAAUAAUCACACAAACUCGUCAAAUUCCCUGAAAAAACUGAACGAUUCAUUGGUAAAUCCCGGGGCUAAACAAACCUCUUCUAUAACCCAAAAAAACUCUUCAUGA